AUGAUAUCUGAGGGUUCCAUGUAUCUUUUCGUCGUUUUUUGGUCGCCUGCGAUUAUUUCGGCCAGCAAAGAUGAUGAUAUCCCUGGUAGUCCGCCAUUCGGGGUUAUUUUUGCUAGCUUCAUGACUGCCAUGAUGCUAGGGUCUCAGAUAUCAUCUCAGCUGAUGGUCUCACCUCCUUCGCGGGAGGACUCAUCGCCAACUCCUUCAUUGUCGUCAUCAUCAUCAUCAUCAUCUACAGAGCCACAAAACCCUCCUUCUUACGAUUUUAAUCGCAUCAGUGUGUCCAGAUCCUCUUGUUUGCUUACUAUCCUUUUAUUUUUAGGAAGCAUGAGCCUGACAUGUGCCGUGGUAUUCCCAACCACGCUGCUCACACUCUGGGCAUUCUGCGUCUAUGAAUUCAGCAUUGGGUUAUAUUAUCCAAACAUGGGUGUACUGAAAAGCGUCUUAAUCCAUGACAAGGAUCGAGCCGGGGUAUAUGCUUUAUUUCGAUUGCCGCUGAACUGCUUUGUUGUUGCCGGCCUGGCCUUCACUACAGAAGGUGAGACAUGCGUUCCAGGCUGA